AGCUUCCCUUUGGAUGGCGGGGAGAGAGACAGGAGCGGGGGGUCACAGAAGGAGGCGGUCCCAGUAACGCGCACACACACAAAAAAACGGGCACCUCUGGUUCAAGUGAGGAUAGGGACCGUCCCGAGCUGAACUCAACGUUACAAAUAGGAGCCGCGUUAUUCCAAGUGGAGCAGAGUGGAGGUGCGCCACACUGAUCGUAAUAUGAAGUAACAGCAGCGCUGAGUGGAUCCGCAGUGUUAAACCAGAGAGAGACAGAGCUGCUUCCUGAACCGGACACAUAGACGUUUGGAGAAGCGGAGGACAAAACUGAUCCUUCUUCACAGGUGGCACUGUUGCUGCAUCCUGAGUCCCUCAGCACCACCCAGCGAGGAAAGGUUCACUCCACCCCUGAAAGACAUGAUGUUUGAGGACGAGUCGCAGCAGAUGAGGGGGCAGCAGGAUGUGUCUGUGCUCCAGACUCUCGAGCCACCUGCGAGUCCUGAUGGAGCAGGGCCUCUGUCCUUCACUGAUGAAGCCGUGUCCAUCCUGACCUCCAGCAGUCUGUUGGCCCGCUCCCUUCUUGGUUGCAGCUCGGCCGUCAAACGCAAAGAGAGCCCUUCCUCCAGCAUCCGACGCAAGCGCGAGUUCAUCCCCGUUGACAAAAAGGACGAUGGCUACUGGGACAAGAGGAGGAAGAACAACGAGGCGGCGAAGCGCUCGAGAGAGAAGCGGCGUGUGAACGACAUGGUCCUAGAGAGCCGCGUUUUGGCUCUGCUGGAGGAAAACGCUCGCCUCCGGGCCGAGCUGUUGGCUCUGAAGUUCCGCUUCGGCCUGGUCAAAGACCCCUCUAACACGCCUAUUCUGCCCCUCACUGCAGCUCCUCUCCACGCCGCUCAAACCUCAACUCCUCACUAUUACCUCCACAGAGUUGAUGGAGGCAGGUCCUCAGCCUCACAUCCCAACAACCACACAGGCCAGCUGAGCUCCAGGGCGUCCAGAGAUCCUGGGAACAUGUCGGAGGACUCUGGGUUCUCCACGCCAGAAGGGUCCAGUGUAGGCAGUCCGAUCUUCUUUGAAGACCGGCUGAGUGACCAUGGGAAGCUAUCGCCGCACAGGGCAGAGGAGCUGGGCUACGACCUCCACCACUCCCCUGCUGAGGUCCACCACGUCGCAGGACCUACUGGAGGGAGGUUGGACUACGCUGAGUCGAUGAAAAACCUUCCUCACAAGCUACGUUUCAAGACGCCCGGCUGCGUGGACAUGUUUGAUACCUUGGGGGACAACAACGGCACCAGACGCAGUCCAGCACUAACCACAGUAGGUCCGAGAGAGGCCCCUAAAGGACUGAGUGGAGGUGACACCGCAGCAGGGCACUGCACCGGCUCCUGGCUCCAGCAGCUGGAGGGGGAGGACGGCAGGAAGGGGAGACAGUCCCCUCAAUAUAACGCCUCCGCCGUCGGCUACAGCCUCCAGCCUCCUCACACGCAAGGACCAACCGAGGUCCAGUUUAAGCACGAAAACACUCACCUGAAGACUCAGCUCAACUCUCUGAGCGUGGAGGUGGCUCAGCUGAAGAAGCUUUUCACAGAACAGCUCAUGGCCAAAGUCAACUGAGGACUGUGAGUGUUGCCAGGGGCAAGACUUUAAAUGGAAAAACCAUGCCAAUAUUGACGAGGACUGAUAAAACUUUCAACUCUAAUGAACUUUUAACGUGUUGUUUUUAUUUCAAAUGCUAUAUUAUAUUGUAAUAAAUGUCUAUUAAACCUUCAUCUCAUAACCUGCUGUUAAACUACUUAAUCUCACGAUCUACGUUGCUCAGACAGGGAGUCUUAUAUCUGUACUAGUGUGUAAUACUUUCUCUAUUCCGUACACUGUGACAACUAAAAACAUAAAACUGUUUACAUCACAUCAUUGCAUUACUUUAUUAAGAGACAACAGAUUUUGGUGGUUCUGACGCCCCAUUCACUUCAAUUGGAAGUCAGCCAGCGGGAGUGUUUGCAGUGGUUUGACUCAAAGUGUCCCACUGCUGGAAGCUGGAAACACAAACAGUAAAUACUCCGAAAUAAAACUGUUAGCUGCCAAAACCUCCAUUGGUCAUCGAGGCUAAAAGGAAGGUUUGUUCUGUCAAAACAUAUAUUAGACUUGUUUCUCAUCACGUGUUAUGUAUCACACAAGGUCAUGUCAAGGAGCUCCUUAGGAAAGAUACUGUAACAUGUACUGUUUUGGUGUUUCACGUCUCACUUCAGUCUUGUUUUAUGCCCUGUUUGAAAACAUUUGAUCACUGCCGUGUUAACUGUACCGAGGUAAUGUCUGGUGUCUUUCUGUACAUUUUCGUAUUAAAAAUAAAUCAUUCAAUACAU